GCGACCGUUUGGAGUUUGCACAGUCGUAUGGACAAAAAACUGGGAUAAGGACUAUCAAUACCAGGCAUUAUGAGAGAAGGAGUGGACUGACCUUUAAGAGUUUUAUUCCUGCAAUCCAGACCCUGUAAAAAAUACAAUAAAACCAUUAGUGACUCAACAGGAGGCGAAGAUUUGUUGGACAUCAGCUUGUGCCAGCGGAGGUUAUGGUUCAGUUUUGAAAAGGAGAUUUGUGGAUUCUCUGGAAUACACCUAUAUUGUUAUCCAGGUUAACGUUGGACGGAAUGGAUACGUAAGAGAUAAGGACCCAACAUUCAGAAGCUAUUCCUGAUUAGCUAACUAGUCAUCUAUUAUUCUGCACGUUUGCGUGUGUUUGCAUUGGCUUGUUUAUCAGGGUGUGUCUUUAUAGAUGUGUCCAGGUAAGCUUUGUGGGGUUUAAAAGCAGGUGUGCAUUAGUUGGCCCUCCCUCAUCCUCCCUCAGAAUGAGAGAUGAGCGCAGCCAUCUCAUUUGCUGAUCAGAUCACGGACAGAUUAUCAGUCUAAAUGAGCAUUAGAAGUCGUCGAGCUCUGGGGUGUCUGAAUAACGUGCUCUGCGUGUGAAUACUGGCGGGGAAACAAGCUUUUUGGACUUUUUGGACUUUAGUUUGACACAAUCUCACCUUUAGACCGGGCAGCACAGUAGAGCUGAUAUCAGGACUGUAACUUCAACCAGAAGAUAGGGUUCUCUGCUUGCGGUGACCCUGAAACGGGAUCGGCUGGAAUGACUUUUAAAGGAUACUCCAUCUCUUUCUCUGGCUGAACGUGUCGUUAGACCUAUUUGUGACUCUUAGUCAGUGCUGCCAUGUAUGUGCUUUGCACACUGGUGUUGCUGUCUCUCCACAACCUGUUUAAGAGACCCAAAGUCCAGGAACCCUUUGAACCCAAGGCUAUUGAGGGUCCCGAGCAGCACAGACCAGAUGUUCCCAAACUGGGUCGCAAGAAGAGGAACAAGCACCACUUUCAUGAAGGUUCUGGACCGGUAGAGACCUCAAGAGUGUCUAGACAGCAUGACUUUGAAAGAUGCUUGGAUGGACCCAGCAGAGCAAGUAAAAGAAGAUCUGUGCACCUGGAUAAUGCGCAUGAGAGGAGAAAGAAAUCACAGCCGGUCCAGCGGUGUGGUCUGCUCGGCCCUGCGGUCAUGUACGGCACAAGAAAGACCUGGGACGUCGGCCACACCCCCUGCCUGCAGGAGCUUUGGAACAAAGACCUCUCAUUGGAUGUUUCAGCGAGUUCCCUGGAUAUCCUGAUGAGUGAUGGUGAGGAGGAGAGCUCCUUCCUCUCGUUGCCCAACACUGUCCUUCAGCGCCACUGUUUGACCUCUGACCUCUCUGAAACGGCCACCUCAGAACAGCAGAAGCUGCUCAUACAGACUCUGCAAGAGAGAGUUUGUGAGUUCCAGGCACGUUUGCGAAGCGAAGACGCUGCAAAAAGACUCCUGCUGCAGCGACUGCAGACACACGACCGCCAGCUCAACCAAGACAUCCACCAGAACGACGAACAUUCGUCCAUUAACCAAGAACCUCGAGAGCAGCUCAGACUGCAGGACGGCCAGCUCAACCAAGCUGCGUCACCGACAGGUGUGAGGAGCUCUGGUGUUUUGACACAGAGACCUGUGGAUUUUCCCAGUGCUGUGCAAGUGAGUAAAGUUCACUCACAGGAGCAACUGCAAAAAGACAAGGGAGAACAACUUGCUCUCAUUACAGGGCUGCGCACACAGGUCAAGGAGCUGGAGGAGAAACUAUUGGAUCAGACGCAGGAGGUGGAGAGACUGCGCUCUGAGCUGGGGGCGACAGAUCUGGAGAAACAGCUCGAGGUGCUGGAGAGUGAGAACCAGCGGCUCAAACAGGAGCUGAAGGCCAGUCAGACUCAGACCAGCUGCUCUACCAGCCACUGCCCACACAGCCAGGAUGUGGAGGCCCUGCGAGGAGAGCUGUGUCGUAAGGACGAGGAGUGCCGCGAGCGGGAGCGGAGGCUGGCUGCGCUGGAGCAGCAGGUGCAGGAGAGGACGGGUGUAGUAGUUCAGCUGCAGCAGCAGCUGGAGGAGGCGGCGCAGCGCAGACACCAGAUCCAGCUGCAGCUUGAGGAGGCGUCACGUCUCAGGAGCCAGAGCGAGGAGCAGCUGACCUCACGGCUUCAAGACGCCGAGGAGGCUCUGUCUCGCCAGGCUGUUUUGACACCACACGUCAAGAUUGUGACCAAGACGGUUGAAGUGGAGUCUGCUCAAUGUAAGCAGGCUUUGAUGGAGGCUCAGGCCCGUAACCAGGCUCUUCAGGAGCAGCUGAGCGUCCAGAGGCAGCUCCUCAGAGAGCUGGAGCAGCAGCUGCACGAGUCGCAGAGAACCAGCAGUCAGCUCCGCCAGCAGCUGAGGACGGACCGCGGCCGUCUGUAUGGCCUGCUCUCCAAGGCGGUGGGUGGGGGUAACAACGAGGUCACCCACAGGCUCUCCAAGAUCCUGGUGUAUGAGGGUGAGAUGGAGAGAGCUCAGGGUCAGCUGGAGGCAGAGAUGCAGAGUCUGGAGGAGGAGAAGAACCGAGUGAUCGAGGAAGCUUUCAUCAGAGCCGAGAGUGAGAUGAAGGCUGUCCAUGAGAACCUAGCAGGUGUGCGGAUGAACCUCCUGACGCUGCAGCCGGCUCUGAGAACCCUCACCUGCGAUUACAACUGUCUGAAGAGACAGGUGCAGGACUUCCCUUACAUGCUGGAGAAAGCCAUCUCUGAGGCGAAGCAGGAGAUCUGUCAGGUGAUUGGCGAGGUGAGCAGCGCGAACCAAGAGCUGCUGCGCAAGUACAAGCGAGAGAUGAACCUGAGGAAGAAAUGCCACAAUGAACUGGUGCGCCUCAAAGGAAACAUCCGCGUGUUGUGCCGAGUACGUCCCAUAUGUGCUGGAGAAACGGAUGCUGCUGACACCAAAAACAUAGUGACCUUUGACCCUGACGAUGAUGCUGUUCUUAUCUUGUCUAAUAAGGGCAAGCUCAUGACCUUUGAACUUGACAAAGUCUUUCCCACUCAGGCCACUCAGGAGGAGGUGUUCCAGGAAGUGCAGUCUCUGGUCACUUCCUGUAUUGAUGGCUUUAACGUAUGCAUCUUUGCCUAUGGGCAGACCGGCUCUGGAAAGACCUAUACCAUGGAGGUAUGUCAUGUUGCCAAAUUUCAUCCUCAAACUAACAAAAAGAAAGUCAAAUUUUAUUACAUGUAUAAUGUGUGUAUCAUGGCCUAUGGCCAAACAGGCAGUGGAAAGACACACACAAUGAUUGGCUCUGAGGAUCCUACAGCUGCAGUGCAGGACUCUCAACAGGGCAUCAUUCCAAAAGCAGCCAAUGAGCUGUUCAAGCUGAUCUCUGAGAAGCCAGCGGACAGUCAUACGGUGGAGAUGUCAGUGGUGGAGGUCUAUAAUAAUGAAGUUAUGGACCUUCUGGCCAGAGAUGAGGAUGGGGUGACAGUUGGGGUAAAGAGAGAAGUCAUCACCACCAGCACAGGCACCAGCGAGGUGCCCUGCCUAACAUAUGAGUUGGUGCGGAGCUCUGCAGAGGUAAUGCAGCUGAUCAAUUCUGUGUUAAAACUAAGAUCUCACAGUCCCACCCUGGUGCACAUGGACUCCUCCAGAUCUCAUUUCAUCGUCACUCUCACCGUCACCUCCAAAAGCCCAGAUGCACUGGCUCUAGCUCGUCGUCUGCAGAACGCCCGACAGGAUGUCCAGCGGGUGUCUCAGAAGGAGUGGUGGAGCCCACGCUGCCGCAGGGCCGCUUCCUCACGCUCGUCUAGCCCCGCCUCCUCGCCGUGCCACUCCCCCUCCCACUCACCAUGCCCCUCCCCCCGACCCAGCAUCACACAGCCCCCCAUCAAAACCAAGCUGCAGCUGGUGGACCUGGCUGGGAGCGAGUGCGUAGGGAUGUCAGGUGUGACCGGUGCGGCUCUGUGGGAAAGCUCCUGUAUAAACCGCAGUCUCUCUGCUUUGUCUGAUGUUCUGGGAGCUCUGGCUGAAAGACGACCUCAUGUACCCUACCGCAACAGCAAACUAACACAUCUACUACAGGACGCCAUAGGAGGGGAUGCCAAGCUUCUGAUAAUGCUGUGUGUAUCUCCCACUCAACGCUUCCUCACCGAAUCUCUUCAGUCCCUGGGGUUCGGUGCCCGAGCCAGACAGGUUCAGAGAGAGCCGCCACGCAGGAAAAACACGGCUCUGAAGAUGAAGUAACCAACGGGGAGAUCCAUUUGAUAGCUGCUUGUGUGUUUUCAUUUGUACGAAUUUUGGUCACAGGUUUAUGGUGCUCAGGUCAUGUUGAAAGUUGCAGUGCUUUGUAACAACACUUUAGGGUUAUGUUUAUGUUCAUAGUUAAUACGUGUCAGUGAUUUGAUUCAGUAUUGUAAUUUUUGACAAUCUCUUGCACACUGGGGAUGUUCCUCUGAUAAAAUGUUUACAGGUUUUUGUGUCUAGUGUGAGUGGAAUACUUCAGAUUAUGUGUGUCUGCAAUUAACCAUUAGUCUGUACUAAAAUAUUUUUGUGGUGAUGAAUAACGUAUGGCUUUUAAAGUAACAGUGUUUGCAACCUAACUCUAGUUGACCUUAUUUGCAGCAAAAUAACGCCUUUCCAGUGUAUCACGAUUUAUGAAUGUUCAAAAAAAGCUUUAAAUUUAAUAAAAUUUACAGUAAAUCA